AUGGUCACAUCUUGGAUCCUUAACUCCAUCUCCAAGGAACUGGUGGAUGGUUUUAUAUACACUACUUCAGCCAGAGAUCUCUGGUUAGAAAUAUGUGAAAGGUUUGGAGAAUGCAAUGGCCCUAUGAUAUAUGAAUUACACAGAAAAAUUUCUCUUAUGUCUCAAGAGAAUGCCCCUGUUGCUGUCUACUUUACUAAGCUAAAGAGACUUUGGGAUGAGUUAGGCUGUAUGGAGACCCUCCCUACCUGUACAUGUGGAGCCUCUAGGGCUAUAGCAAAAAUAACCAACAGAAACAGACUCAUGCAGUUUCUGAUGGGACUGAACGAGCCUUUUGGGUCUAUAAGGAAUCAAGUAUUGGGAAUGGAUCCCUUACCGACAGUGAAUAAGGCAUACUCAAUGGUGGUGAAAUUUGAAUCUCAGAGGGAGAUUUUGGGAGCCAUGACUGACAACUCUGAAUCCCUUGUGUUAUUGAACAAAACCUACACUCAAAGUCAGGCCAGACCAAGAAAGCCUGACAACAAGAAGGGACAUUGUACCUUCUGUAAUAUGAAUGGGCACACUCGGGAGGGGUGUUUUAGACUGAUUGGGUACCCUGAUUGGUUUAAGUCAAAGAACAAAAGUGGCACACAAGGUGUAAAAGGAUAUGGAAACACAAGAAUUAUGGCUGCUAUAGAACAAAGUAAGCCUGAAGAGGACAGUCCUCUUGAUUACACUGAUACAUCAAGUAAGAUAAAUGAAUUGACAUCCAUGCUGACCUCCCUAAAGCAAGAAGUUUCUCAACUUGUCAAAGGGAAAGGGAGCCUAGCUCUAGGGACAUGCCUUGAACCUGAGUCACAUUUCAUGGACUUUGCAGGUAAUCCUAACCUUCAUAAAACCUGUUAUGCACAAUUGGACACUGAUGAUAGUUGGAUCUUAGACACUGGAGCCACCAAUCACAUGUGCUCAAACAGCAGUUUGUUCAUCACUUUACAAACACUACACAAGCACAUAUCUGUUUGCUUUCUAGAUGGGAACACAACACAGGUCACCCAAUCUGGAAGGCUAAACCUCUUUGAAAAAUUACUUCUGAAUGAUAUUCUAUAUAUUCCUCACUUUCAAUACAAUCUGGUAUCCAUUAGUCAAUUGAUGAAUAGUCAUGGAUAUUGUAUUGUAAUAUGCCAUCAUUACUGCAUCAUACAGGACCCUCUGAAUAAGAAGGUGGUGGCCAUAGGAAAGAAACAAAGAGGUCUGUUCAGACUGAAUAAGAUGAGUUUCUGUCAAACUGAGAUUAGACAUUGCCUAAUUCAGAUCAUGAAUUUAGAUGCUAAUCUUCACAACCUUGUAAAUGCUAUGAUUCCUAUAUCUGAUUCAAAUAAAACCAUCUCUAUGCAGUGUGAAAGGAUAUACAAUUGUACUGUGAACAUGAAUGACAUACAUGAUAGACUAGGGCAUGCAUUUGUUAACAAACUCAAACAUCUCAAAGGCAUAAACAUCAGUGAUAAUGCUAUGACUUGCUGCCCCAUCUGCCCUCUUGCUAAGCAAGCUAGAUUACCCUUCCCUAGAAGUCAUACUCUAGCUUCAAGACCUUUUGAAUUGAUCCAUAUUGAUAUAUGGGGCCCUUAUAAGAUCACCUCAAUCACUGGUUCCUCACCAUUGUCGAUGAUUACAGUAGGGCCGUAUGGACCUUUAUGA